GGUGGCUACAACAACCCAACGAAGUAAUUAAUUUGCCUAAAAUUGUGGUAUAAUUGUCGUAUGAAAUUGCUAACUAAAUCAAAAUUAAUACUUGCUAGUUUAAAUUGUUUUAAUGGUUGCAUAAAUCCAGAUUAGUAGGAGUAAUGGAGUAUGAAUUAUUCUUGUAGUUGUUAAUUGCUCCGCCGUUACCAUCAUCAAAAAAAAUAAGCCUAUGCAUCACCAUUACCAUCAACAACAACAAGAAAAAUCGUUUAUCUGAAGACAGCUCCCCAAAUGUAAUUUUUUGGGGUUCAUAGCUUGUCUAGUGUGAGUUUCUCCUUGUCAAAGGGGAGAGACUAUGAGUAUCCUUUUUUUUGGGUACGGAGUCAUCUGUAGUGGCUCAGUUUGUGUGUGAGUUUUUUGCUCACAGUACCGGGUCAACCAGUUCGUGUUUUUACCACCCUUCUGUCUCUUUCUUCGUCUUAUAAGUUCCACAAGGUUAAGGGGUAUUCGAGGUGUUAUUUGCCCAAGCCGCAACACAAGUGGAAAAGGGAAUGGGACUGUGCAAGAUAAGGCCAUCAUUCAACGGCCAACGGAUAAGGAGGCUACUAUCGUCGUAGUUUAUCUUGGUUCUUGCAAGCAGUUUGUAUUAUGUAAUAGAACUCAUAUAAGAAGCUUUGAAUGUAUGAGGGUCUUCUUCGGCCCCAAAACUUUGCUAAUGAGUUUUAGGUUGUAAUUUGUUACUCUUUGUUUUAUGUAAGUUAAGCAUAUGUCAAACAACAAGAAUAAUCUCAUAGUUGAGUAAGAGGGUGAAGCAUAAUAACUCGUUGACAACAAUUACAAUCAGGCAUUUUGUCGAAGUAUUGUCAAUUUUGUCAUAGACUCAUAUUUGUUCAAAAUGAGAAAUUGUUGUUGUGAUGGGUUUUGGAGGUUAUAAUUUGAUAUUAGGUAAUUUUCUUUUUAUUUCAAAAAAAAAUAUUGGUAAAAUAUAUAUAAAAUAUUUCCACAAUAUUUCUCAAUGAGUCCGCCAAAAUAUUCCCAAAGAUUUCACCAAAAAUUAGACAACUACUCGUUGCACAUUUGAGUGAAGAGUCCUCCAAUAUCUUUGACUACUGAUCUUUAUAAGGAGAAUAGAAACAUCUAACAAAAUUCUGAGGAAGAAGAAAUAAAUAUUCACCCCCUACUUUUACUCAUCUAUCUACUCAUCAAAAUAUCAAAUCAUUAUUUUCUUAAGUAACUUUACUUAAAAACAAGAUAUUACAAAGAAAGUUUGUGGUAAUCAAAUCUUUUUCAAAAAAAAAUCCUAUACGAAAUAUAUUACGUAAUCAAUAGCAGGAUCUCACUAGUCAUUACUGAAGCUCCUUAUUCUAUGUCGUGAUCUUUUCUAAAGUGACUAGUUUUUUAUGCUUGAAAAUUAAAAGUGCACACACAAUAAUACUUAAUUGUUUAAUUAUUUUUUACUCUGUAAAUUAAUAUUUUUCCUAAUUUUAACAUUUAGAGAUUUUGGCAAAUGUCUUUUAAAUUGAUUUCCUUCUAUAUUGUAAUAUAAAAUGGUUUUUUUUCUUUUCUGAUUUAAUUAAAAGGUAAAAUAGAAAAUCAUUUUUGUGACGCCGCCUCAGGCGUUCCCUUAUAUAAUAGAGAUACAUUAUAUUAAACGACAUUGUAAGAUUUUCACUCCGAAACAAACAAUCCUCUCUCAUUUCCAUCAUAUCCUAUCAUCAAUGGCCAAUAACAACAACGAGACAGGGGAUAAUAGCAAGGAGGUAGUAAUCAGGAAGCGAAGCAAUGGGAGAAGGAAGAUCCCUAUAGAGAGAAUAACAGACCCGAAUAGGAAACACGUUACGUUCUCCAAACGGCGCAUAGGGCUAUUCAAGAAAGGCAGUGAGCUUUGUGCACUAUGUGGGGUGGAAAUGGCCAUUUUGACUUUCUCUGAGAGGGGAAAGCUUUUCUGCUUUGGCCACCCUAACUCUGACAGUGUCAUCCACCGUUACCUAACUUGUGGGUCCCGCUGUCUAAAUGAACGAGAUGAGUGUGAGUUGAAUUUAAUGUUGCAAGAGAAAAACAGACAACAUAAGGAGAUCAAGAGGAAGAUUGAUGAGAAAAAGAAGUUCAAUGAUCAUUACAAAAAAAAGGAAGAUUGUGGAUUUUGGUGGGAGGAAGCUAAUGUUAAUGAAAUGGGGUUGAAUGAACUUGAACAGUUUAAGGGUUGUCUUAUGGAACUUAGGAAUAAUGUUGCCAAGAAAGCCGAUGAACUUACAAGGACAUCUUUGGUAUACUCAUCAAGCCAAAUAGGUAAUAGUAUUGUUUUUGAUCAAUUAGACACUAAUCACAACAAGAUAAGUAGUUUAGGUUGUAAUCCUUUUGAAUCUAGUAUUCAGAAUUUUGAGAAUCCUAUCAUGAUGAGCAAUAGCAACCAUCUCAUAGCAAUGGAGGAUAGGGAUGCCAAUGCAGAUGUUGUUUCCCAAAGCUUCAAAUUUAGGUCCAUGAAUGAAAUUAAUAUGGAAGAAAGUGGUCAAGAUAUUACCCAUUUUUCCAAUCUGUCUCAAAAAAGGAUGGGGGGUUUGCAACUUUUCUGUGAUGAAUCAAUAUAAUCAGGUGUCGGCGAAGGAGGAUCACAAAGGUAGUUUUACCAGUCUAGGUGAUGUGCAACUCUAAGGCCAAGGGUGUCU